AUGCCGCCCGCGACUGACGACGAUGAUUUGACCACAUGGAAUGCUUUCAGAGGUGCUGUUGACCGAGGCGACUUGGAAGAAGUCAACGAGAUGCUCGAAAAUGGAUGCAAUCCCUACCAGAAGGUCAGUGGCGACGGCGCAAAUUGGACCGUGCUAAUGCUGGCAGCUAAUGCUGGGCAUGAGGAGCUGGUGCAAAAGUUCAGCAAAGGUGGAAAAGGAGUGAGUGAGAAGGAUUCCCACGGAUUUCAGGCAAUGAUGCUUGCCGCUUUGAAGGGCCAUACCGGAGUUUGUCGCACUUUGUUGGAAAGGAAAGCCGAUUGCAAUGCUUCCAAUGAAUACGGUGAGACACCCUUGAUGAUGGCGGCCGCAAUGGGCCACAACGAUGUCGUCUCGAUGCUCUUGGCUGCCAACGCCGACGCCAAUGCCUGCGACGGAAAUGCCAUGAGUGCGGUGAAGAAAGCCUCCCGCUGGGGCCACGUGGAUUGCCUCCGGACACUCCUGCCCAAGGUGAACCAAGACCCGCGGGAGAUGAAACAUUGCCUUCUCUUCGGGAAGCUCUAUGACCACCCAGAGGUCAUGGCCGAGAUUCAAAAGGUCUUGGAGCCUGAAGAAGAGGCUGAUUUGCCUCAGGCGAAAGCCCAGCAAGUGCUGAUCCUGCGGCGUUUGGAGGGUCCCGCACUCAGCUGGUGCGAUCUUGGGAGGGUUGACCAUGCCACGCCACGGGGCUGGCUGCCAUGCUCGUUGCUUUCGGCUCAGGAAAAGGUGCUUGGCAGACGCGGUGUGCCGCCGCUGGAUCGUUUGCACCCCACGAUGAUCCGCUGUGGGGACCUUUACAAGCCCACCGACGCCUCGGCGGAGCGGAUCGACGACUUCAGCGAGUGCAGCAUCUCCGAGCAUCAUUGCGUAGCGCAGCGGAAGCUUCACUGUCAAAGACCGGAGCGACUGCCAGCGGGACCACUGGAGCUUCAGAGCUUGACGGGCACUUGGUACAUCACCAAAGGUUGGAACAAGCUCUUCGAUUGCUUCGACUGCCAGGUGCAUCACUUUAGCCUUCAAGGAGGGCCAAAGCCCCUGCAGGGGGAUCUCAAGUACUCUGUGAAGAAGGACUUGAACUGCACGGGAACGGUGUCACACUGCGAGUACCUCCCCCGGGAGGUUCAUCAAAGCUUUGCACAAGACCCUGCAAAUCCGAUGCAUCUCAUCAAUCACAACAACUCAGCCAAGGAGAUGCACUACAUGGACGAUUGGUAUGUGCUCGCUGCCCGGCCAGACGUCUACUCAUUGAUCUACUAUUGCGGCUGCAAUGACGCGGUUUGUGGCUAUGCAGGCUCUGUACUUUACACACGCAGCCCACACUUUGAGGACCUUGCCCCGCAGGAUGUGGCCGAGAUCAAAGGAGCGAUCCUUGCGUCCGGUGUCUCCGACUUCACUUUUGAUGGCCUAUGCAGUGUGGAGUCUGCCAUGACAGUGGGGAGCUCAAGUUCGGCCAUCCUUCCCACCACCGUCAGUGCUGAGUCUUCGAUGGGUGCUGUACGAGAUCUGCAGAUGCUGCGGAAGCGCCCCACCGGGCCAAGCAAGGUCGUCCUGUCCUCCAGCCGCCGAGUGGAUCGACCCGAAGUCGAAGACUUCGAACAGGUGAAGCAGACGGUCCCCCCAGAAGCAUUGAUCGACGCGGAGAGUGGGCGGCAGCUCAAUGCGAUCAUGCGGCAGAUGGGUUCGGACGAGAUCGGCUACCCCACAAACGUGGCGGCUGACCUGAAGACGGGCGUGAAGAAGGUGCAGCACCGACAUGUGGGGGAAGCCAAGCCUAUGGAGGCUGAUGGGAGUUGCUCCCACCAUCUUCUAGUGAGAGAUGGAAACAGCAGUGACUGUAUCCUACCACAACGCAUCGAUGUUGGGAAGCACUUCAUCAUGACAGGCGGUCCUGAAGCCAUUCGAGAGCCCUAUGAAGACAUGAUCUCUAGGGUGUCCUCCUUUGGCAGAUAUUUGUUUAAUCUACAGGACUUGCCGGUGGUGGAGAAGCUCUUCGAAGAUGAGAAGUUCCAACACUUUGCGAAGAGCGUCUGCCCCAAAGAGAAGCAAGUUUUGGACCCCUUCCAGUUCAACUUCAUCCUCUCGGUCCCGGGCCAAACCGUGGCGCUUCAUCUGGAUGCACCUUACUUCCUUGGUGCCACGCGCUUUCAGGUGCCUCAGUGGUUGUUGGCGGUGAUGGUCUUCAGCGGGCUCUUCCAAGAGCGCUUUGUGGAUCAGGUCCAGGUGGUGGGAUACUUACACGAUCAGAUGGCUGUGGAAGAUCAAAGCGCUGGAGGCUUGUUCCUCUACUACGACGAGAACUCCGCGACUCCCAAGAGCUUCCCCUCCAGUCCGCUCUCGGGGAUCUCGGUGGAUGGGAGCAAGACGCUCCAUGCAGCUGGGGUCUUCAAGCCAGAGGUCAAGACGCCCUUCCUGGACAAGGACAAAGACAAUGCCUUGUUCUAUGUGGGCGAUGAGCUUUGGGAGCUGCGCAGUGAGGGUCAGGUGCUCCAGAGCUACAACUCUUCAGAGCUGCGGAUGACCAUCGUCUACAGGGCACGCUGCUUCACCUCAGAGGAGGAGAGACAAAGAUAUCUAAAGCAAGCUCCAGAAGAUUUGCUGAGCCUAGACGAGAUUUUGGAGAAGCUGAAGGAGGACUUGGUCAAGCGGAGGAGGUUAUCAAGGGAUCAGGCCGCAUCCAUGGACCGCCUCGACUUGGCGGUGAUGCUGCUGGACACUUACAUCAAGUAUCCACUUCCCGACUUGCAACAUGCCAAAGUUCCUCUGAACUAUUGCGCUCUUCCGCGUCGAGCUGGCCAAUUUCGCCACCUGCUCACUCGACUCUUGAGCCCCUUCUGCGGGUGA